GACACGUACACAUCAUAGAAUCGUUGCACGCAUUUAAAUGCGCCUCAAUGCAGAAGUGCAGUGUGAUUUUUUUUCAAGUCUUGCUUCGGUUGGAUGUUUUUCCAAUCUUCAUACAUAAUUUAUAAGCGUUUUUACUCCGACCAAUCACACGCUUCGUUUCGGUGCGAGCCCCCGUUUGGACAGCCAAUCAGAGACGAGGAAUAGGAUCCGUGCCCUCCAGUGCAUCGCGAUGCGUGUCAUGUGACAGGCCUCCGUGAAAAAUGCCAACAUGGAUCCGUGGCAAGGACGAUGUGCUUCCCAACCGUAAUAUCAGAGGGGACAACUGGACUCAUCUUAUGUCGCACAUCUACGAUUCGGACGACACGAUUCGUAUUUACUCGAGUGUUUACAAACAGUAGUGCUCACUGGCGAUACCUUCAUCCUUCCUCUGAUCUUCACACCAACAAAUGGUCUCCAUAAGCGAAAGAGCGGUGGCCACUGCUAAUGAAUCGUUCUCCGACCACGCCUCGGCCACUUUACACUUCGUAGAGGUGGGCAGCAGCGAGGGGGGCAGCUCCAUCUCGUGCUCCAGCCCCGAAACCGGAGAUGCCGGUGCUCGGCUCAGCUGCAGCCCGGGCGAGGAAGAUGACGACGACGGGUCGCUGCAGAUCUUUUUCGACUCCACUGAGGACUCACUGGCUCAACCGUCCACGCUGCCAGAUUUCAUAUCUCAGCUACCCAGCACCUUCUCUCCCACCCUGGAGGACAUUGAGGAAUUCCUGAUGGAGACGAUGGAGCUGGUGAACGAUGCUCCUUUGAGUCCGGAGGAGAAGGCGAAGGAGGACAACAACGACCCACCUGCACAACCGUCUUCCCCUGGUGAUGGCAGGUCAAAACCCACCACAACAACAACGACCCCUGCGGUUCAGAGUCUUGGUGCUGCGGCAACUAGCGCCGCUCCAGUGCUUGUCGGUACUCCAUUGGUGCUACAGUUACAACCGCUCCAGCUAAGCCAAGCCCUUCCACAACCAGACGCCCAAACGUGUGUGCCCAACGGGCUCCGAGUGGCCCACCUGGUGCUUGGUGUUCAAGGGGCACAGAACAUUACCCUUCUCUCACCACAGGUGCCCUCGGCCACUUUACUCCCUAUUGUUGGCGAAGCCGUCAACCAAGACCAAAAGUAUGUGAAGAUCGCCCCCCUGCCUUUCACUGUCAGGGCGGUCGGAAUCGCCGGCACGGGUCUAGUCAAAGCCAUCACGCCACGUCCAUCCAGGCCCCUGGCGGAAACCCUGCGGGUACACAAGUGCUCUCACCCAGGGUGCGAGAAGAUGUACACCAAGAGCAGCCACCUGAAAGCUCAUUUCCGCAGACAUACGGGCGAGAAGCCGUAUCUGUGCAGCUGGCCCGACUGCGGGUGGAGGUUCUCUCGAUCCGACGAGCUCUCACGCCACCGGCGGUCUCACUCGGGAGUCAAGCCUUACGAGUGCACGAUGUGCGACAAAAAGUUCGCCAGGAGCGACCACCUCUCCAAACACACCAAGGUGCACCGGGGUCCGCGUGCCGGCAGACUGGUUAGGGCCAACGUCUGACUCGCGGACCCCCAAACAAAGCCGGAGUCUGCCUCUCAGUCCCAGAGGGAAAGCAAUGAUAUCUAAACAGGCUCGCAGGCUAUAACCCUUCGCCUUUAUUUUGGUCUGUUUCCUUCCCGUUAAACCAGACGUUUGUUUUUCUUGGUGCUACAGUCAGCUAUCUUGAAACCCAGGGAUGUGAUUGUCAAGCUCAAAGCAGAUUUCUGGCUUUCGGUGGGCUGAAGCGAAGCCCGCGCUCGAUUCCAUCACGUUUGGUCUCUUAUUGUUGUGAAGCUUCAGGUUAUUAUGGGAUCGGUUUUAUGCAGGUCUUUAAACAGGUCACAGAAAGUGAAAUUUAAAGGGCGAUAACAAAUCCGUCUUCUACAUUUUGUGAGUAUUGGAGUUCAGUAUUUUGGUCGGCUCUGGAGUGUUAGAUAAAGCCAGAAUCCUGCAGAACUUUCCUUUUAGAUUAAAUCAAGACGAUAUGCACUAUGGUUUAGGCUGUGAUCAUAUGCAAUAUCGAACAUGGCCUCUGUCAUUAUAGGGUGAAAAUAAUGCAAACUGUCUCAAAAUGUCUGCGUCAUAUUUCACCGUAAAUCUCAACAAAAAUAGAGAUUUUGCAUUAAAAAAAUUAAGCCUUUUUAAAAAUUUAGCCCAUUCAUUUGUAAAAAGUCUGCCAUAAUGGGGACAGAUGUAAUUCUCACAUUUGUAAUGUGAAGUGUAAAAGUAUUUGUUGUAUUCAACACUGUUUGAUAAUGAAAGUGUUUUUUUUUUUUCUUAACCGGGUCCCCACUUUACGAUUUUGAAGAUCAUUUAUGAUUGUCGCAUAUCGUAGCCAGAUGUCAUAGCUGAGUCAGCGCCGACUGUCACCUGUACGACACUUCAAAAUUUAUGACUCUGCUAAAUCUUCAACGCAAAGGCAAUAAGUUGGUAGUUAGUGAAUGUGAAGCAUCCAAAAUCCAACCCAACACGUUAUCUCACAUUCCUCCUUUACAGUGUGGAUGCAGUUUUACUGUAAUGGUAAAAAGCAUGAAUGUUAACUCUGUUUAAUUGUUAUGAACAUAAUUGUGAAAUGCUAAAAAAAGGCUUAAUUUUAUUUUAUUCAAAUUAUAAUUUAUUUUCCCCCAAAUUAAAAAAUAUAAAUAUAAUAUAAAAAAAUGACCCAGACUUUAUAGCACUAUUGAAAUACUCUAGUUGAGUAUAGUUCUUUCAAAUAUGAUGUUAACGGGAUAGUACGCCCAAAAAUGAGAAUUCUGUCAUCAUCUACCCACCUCUCCAAACCUGCAUGACUUUCUAUCUUCUGCAGAACACAACAGACAAUAUUUUAGGGAACGUUGGUCACCAAACAACACCGGCUCUCAUUGACUUCCAUUCUAAGGACACGAAGCAACAAAGACAUUUCUCAACAUAUCUUCUUUUGUGCUCCACAGAAGAAUAAGUCUUUUAUAUAAAUGAGGGUCAACAAAUGAUGACAGAAUUUUGGUUCGGGUGACCUGUGCCUUAGAUUAAGUCCAAUUUGCUGUGUGACGUCACACCAUAUUUAAGUUUUUUUACUUGCUCGUAUUGUUGAAGUCCCUGUGCUUUGAAAUAUCAGGAAUUUCUCUGGCCCAAUCACAUCCCUGCACCAGCUGAAAGACAUUAUGUGCAUCAAGUUGCUUGUCCUGUUUUCUUGUGCCUCAUCUCUCUCAGGCUGUUGAGAGUUGUAUGCCAAACCAGAGCCUCGCCCGUUUAUGGGUAUCUGGAUAACAUCACUAAAUGGAAGAACAAACGUAUGUACUGUAAAACAUAUAAGCUAGAAACGAUGUUCUCUUCGAUCUGUAAUCACAAAAGAGAAUUGUUUCCUUUAUGUCGUUGUAAUGUGCUUUGCAUUAGGUCAAUGCAUUUUUCUACGUAGUGCCGUCACGGCCAAUAAGCUAAAUCGCUGAGAACAGAUGUACUGUUCACAAAAAACGGCAGCUGGUUGCUUCCUGUCGAAAUGAAGCUAUUUGGACAUCAUAUAACCGAUACGUCAUCGAAGGCUUCUUCUUUUUAUCCAAUGGACUGGAGUUAAUGAAAAAGUUCAUCUUCAUCUAACACACGGAGGUCAUUUUAUCCUUUCUUUGCCUUUUUAACAUCUGUCUUAACUACUCGAUGCAUUUUAAUUAUCUUCCAUUUUUAGCUCAACAAAUGUUCGGUUUCUUCACAUACUGGAACUGGACUCAAACGUGUGUAGCUGUUGUGACUAAGAUAUAUGAACGAUCAAGUAGGUUCAUCAUCUCUAAUAUGGCACGGUUCUGAUUCACAAGUAUUUAAGGUAGUACUAUCAUGUAGCCCUCUUUUAAAAAUGCUCUUUUCUUUUUCCAAGAGACAUUUCUGUUUUGAGAAGUAUGACAUUUGUUUUCCUUUACCAAGGGCUCAUCCUUGAUUCUCUGCCUCCACCCUCAUCUCAAUAAAAACAUUAAAUUAU